AUGGACGAACUGACGAGUGGACAAACGGUAGGGCAGAGCACAGCCGAACUGAGUACAGUGGAGUUCAGUCCAGUCAAGUCCAGUCCAUUCAAGCCAUAUUCCGUUCCUGUCCUAGUCGCUGUCCCUAGGUCUCGGUCUCGGUCUCGGUUUCGAUCCGAUCCGAUCCGUCCGGUCCGGUCCGGUCCGGGUCCGGUCCGGUCCAGUCUGUUCACGCUUCACGCACACAGCUACUGA